AUGCCAGUUGAAGGAUUCAAAGUUGACGUCGAGAAAGCUGUUGGACACGUAUUCAAGACAGAAAAAGUUGCUUGCAACAAACGUGAUUACCUUUUAUAUGCACUUGGCGUUGGUGUAAAAGAAGAUGAACUUCAAUACCUUUACGAACUACGCAAGGAUUUUGCCCCUUUACCCACCUAUCCUCUUGUAUUGAUAUUAAAGGGAGACAGUUACGACGUCAAUUUAUUCCAAGAACGUGUACAAAGCGGUGACAAGUUACCCGGUAUGCCUCCUUACGACCCCAACAAGAUCGUACAUGGCGAACAGUCCUUGGAAGUGAUCACACCUUUCCCCGUGAAUGGCGGUCGAUUCAACACGCGCAAGACCUGUACAGGCGUCUAUGACAAGGGAUCAGGUAUGGUGAUUGAGACAACCAUUGAUAUAUUAGAUGAACAAGACAAGGUCCAUUAUAGUCGUAUGGUCAGUAAGUCUUUUGUCCGUGGUUAUGGUGGUUGGAACGGACCUAAAGGCCCUAAGGGUACUUCCUACACUCCUCCCAAGCGUAACCCUGAUGCCGUCGAAACCUUUGCUACCCAACCUAACCAAGCUCUUCUCUACCGUCUCUCGGGCGACUAUAACCCCUUACACGCAGAUACCGAACUAGCUCCCCGUGUCGGUUUUCCCAAGCCCAUCCUUCAUGGUCUCUGUACCUAUGGCGCCUGUGGUCACGCCAUCAUCAAAUCCUUGGCCAAUAACGACCCUUACCGCUUCAAGUCUAUCGAGGCUCGUUUUGCAUCUCCCGUCUUUCCAGGCGAAACCGUGGAGAUCUACAUGUGGAAGACACCUUCGAACGAUGCCAAGACAGAGGGCGUCAUCUUUGUUGCCAAGGUCAAGGAAAGAGACGUUGUCGUCGUCAGCAACGGUUACGCUGUUCUCUACAAGGACUCACAGAAUGCAUCAAAGCUUUAA